AUGUACCCACUCGAUAGUGAGGAAGACUUGUACAUAUCUGGAGUGAUUGAAAUGAAAUGUGUAACAUCAAUUUUUGUCGUGAAUUUUUCACAUUUAUGCCGUGUAUUCCAUUUAGCACACAUGGAUCUGGAAGCUCCAUUGCCGAAGACCCGAGACGCCACCACAUACAUUGUUCGUGGCAUGAGCAUUAUUGGUUAUUUGCCAAUUGAGAACUACAAAGCGGCCUUUUAUUUAUGGUCAUGUUUUAUCAAUUUCUUUGUCACCAUUUAUAUGCCAAUUGGCUUCCUAAUGAGUUUCCUGCUACGCCUGAGCACCUUCAGUCCCAGCGAUUUCUUUACAUCCUUGCAAAUAUGGAUCAACUGCAUUGGUUGCAGUCUCAAAAUGUUCGUUUUCUUAUUUUUGUAUCGACGUCUUAUCGAAGGGCGGAAAUUUAUGGAUCGUCUUGAUGUACGUAUCAAUAACGAUGAAGAUCGCUUACAAAUUCGUGAGACUGUUGCAUUUUCAAAUCGUUCGCUGACGUGUUAUGCCGCCCUGUAUUUGUCCUAUGCGAGUAGUACAUUUUUGGUAGCCGUCAUUAAUGAUAAGCCUCCAUAUCAGGUGUUUAAUCCAUUUUUCCAUUGGAAAGAUGAUACCUUGAAAUUUUCCAUUCAAGCUGGUUGCGAAUAUCUGAUGAUUGCCUUUCACUGCUUUCAACAGGCAUUGCUAGAUUCAUAUCCGGUUAUUUAUAUCACUAUAAUACGAACACAUUUACAUAUUUUAACGAGACGUAUAUCGCGAUUGGGUAAUAUUUCCGAAAUGACCAGUGAUCAACGUUAUGAGGAAUUGGUACAAUGUGUAUUGGAUCAUAAGAAUAUUAUGGGGUUAUACAACAUAUUCUGCCCUGUCAUAUCUGGCACAAUGUUUGUUCAAUUUCUCAUUAUUGGCCUCAUCUUGGGUAUCACCACGCUACACAUUUUUCUCUUUGCUGAUCGUUUGGCUGUCAUAGCAUCCCUCUUCUAUGUGGCAUCGAUAUUGGCCGAAACAUUUCCCUGCAGCUUCCUGGCCAAUUGUCUAAUGGACGAUAGUGAUAGCAUUUCAUUGGCCAUAUUUCAUUCGGCAUGGCAUAACGAGGAACCGCGUUACAAGCAAAUGAUUUGUUUUUUCCUACAACACACCCAGAAGACACUGAUUUUGACGGCGAUGAAAAUCUUUCCCAUCACACUGAAUUCCAACAUAAAUGUUGUAAAAUUUGCCUUUUCCGUCUACACAAUGAUGAAGCAAAUGGGAUUUGGCCAAAAUCUGAAAAAUGUUGUCGGUGGCGAUUUGUAAAUUCGAAUGGCAGCAGAC